AUGAGCGAACAACCACCAAACAACAACACUACCACCUCCAACACAACACCUCACAAGCCUCUUCCUUCUCUCCGAAGAAACGAUAGCUUUGCGUAUCAUGAACUUGCAAAUCCUCAAAUUCUUCCUUCCACUCCGAUCACUCUCCAUCAAGAAGAGGACGGAAUUUCAGCACCAACAACUUGUUCCGAUAAUGUACAGCAUAAUUUACAGAGAAGAAAAAGUAAACAAUCUCCUUCUAAACAUUAUGUGAUUGUGAUGGUUGGAUUGCCUGCAAGAGGUAAAUCAUAUAUUGCAAGACAAUUAGCAAAAUAUUUAAAUUGGCUGAAUAUUGAGUGUAGAGUCUUUAACGCUGGAGAGAAGAGAAGGGAAUUAUUGGGAUCGGGUCAAUCUUCCUCCUUUUGGGAUACUGCCAAUAAAGAGGGUCAAGAACAAAGAAAGAGGAUUGGUAUGAUCACACUGCAUGAACUUGCGGACUGGCUCGAACAAGAAGAACCAGAACAAUCGAAAGCUCAAUUAUAUGGAAGUGGUAAUUAUGCUGAAGAGUACAUUAAACGAGAAAUUAAAUGUGGAAUUUUUGAUGCCACCAACACGACCAUUGAAAGAAGAGAAAUGAUCAUUCAACAUUUAACAGAUCCUACUCAACGUAAAUACCCUCUCGAGUUGAGCCAUAUCAUAUUUGUAGAAUCCAUUUGUGAUUUACCAGAAAUUAUUGAGGCGAACAUUCGAGAUAUUAAAACAAAAUCUGCUGACUACAAAGGAGUACCUUCAGAGGAAGCCGUCAAAGAUUUCAUACAAAGAAUGAAGGCCUAUGAAAAGGUUUAUGAAACUAUUUGCGAUGAGAAAGAGGGCAAAUUGAGUUAUAUUAAGAUGAUUAAUGUUGGAAAUAAGUUCAUAUUGAAUAGAAUUGGAGGUUACGUUCCUGGUAAGGUAAACCAAUGCUUGAUGAACAUUCAUUUAACUCCACGUGUUAUUUGGCUUUCUCGUCAUGGUGAGAGCAUGGAUAACAUUAAAGGAUUACUUGGAGGAGAUUCGAAUUUGAGUGAUAGAGCAGAAAGAAGAACACAAGAAAUUUCUAUCGACAAGCCUCCUCUUGAUAACAUGAUGGUUUGGACAAGCUUAUUGAAGAGAACUCAACAAACCUCUCAAUAUUUUAAAAAGGAUGACGAUUUUAGAGUUGUUCGUUGGAGAUGUCUCAAUGAAUUGGAUGCUGGAGUAUGUGAAGGAUAUACCUAUGAACGAAUUAAAGAAGAAAUGCCUCAUGAAUAUUUAGCAAGAGAAGCAGACAAAUUUAGAUACAGACCUCAGAAUGGAGAGAGUUAUCUCGACAUGAUUUAUAGAAUUGAACCAGCCAUUACAGAAUUAGAAAGACAAAGAUGUCCACUCUUAAUUAUAGGUCAUCAAGCUGUAAAUCGAAUUCUUUAUUCUUACUUGACAGGAAAUAGACCAGAAACAUGCACAAGAAUUCCAAUACCUCUUCACACUGUCAUUGAAAUUAUUCCUAAUGCGUAUGGUUAUGAGGAGCAUCGUUAUGACCUCAACGAUGAAGUACAACGAGAAUAUGAAUUGUUUUUACAAAAAACAGGUCAAAAGUAA